AAUAAUAAUAUGUCAGCGGACAGAUUUCGGAUUGGUGUUUGAUUUAAAGGUGGGGAUUUGUUCUUACAUUAAAAUAUAUAAACAACAACAACAAAAUCUGAUUGAAAAUUUAUAACCGCUUUUAACUAUGAACGUUUUAAGUUAGCGAUGCGCUUGAAAUAAUUUGUUUAAUAACAUAAUUUAUAAAUUUUAUUUAAAUAUUUUGUUAGAACACGCGACCUGGGGUUAUGAAUAACCUAAAUAUAGUUUUCAAUAGAAAUACGUACAAAUUUAUGUAACAGAGAAAUGUUGGUGAACUUGUAGUCUAGUCUGGCCUUAUAUUAGUCAUCCCGUAUCUUGUAGUACACUACUUAGUCUAUUUAUUACCGGGGCAUAGAUAAUUUUAUAGAAACACAUCCCCUCUUUUGUUGUAAUUCUCAAAAGCCUACUUUCUUAAAUAACUCCACUGAGUUUUAAUAUAAGACGAGUAUUUAUAUAUCCGGAGAUUUUAAUUCCUUACAAUGGCACUUUUGGGAAUUCAAUUGGUAAUUACUUUGGUGGUUGUCAGUGUAAUUCAAAAAAUAAACCCUCAUUUUUCAUUCGCUAAAUGGAUUUUAUGUUCCACUGGACUGAUAAGAUACUUGUAUCCAACAAAUGAUGAGUUGAAAACUCUCGCAAAUAUACCAAAGGAAAAACCAAGAAAAGGAAAGCACAUGCAAAAUGGAAAUUCACAUCAAACUUUUCACGUCCCACGUAAUUUAGACAUUACCUUAGAAAAUGCUCAAGUGACCAACUUGGAUAUCAUUCAUUUGAAGUAUUACUCGGAUUUUCAAUGGUUAUUGGAUUUUUCAAUCUAUGCUACGAUAACUUACGCUCUUACUGAGGUUUAUUAUUAUUUGUAUUCCAUUGAAGGAGAGAUUAAUCUAAGUAUGCUUUGGUGCAUACUAGUAGUUGGAUUUUCAUUUAAAAUAUUGAUAGUCCUAUGGAUCCAAUACUUCAAAAGCAAUGAAAAUACUGGCGAAAGAUCAACAUGUAUCGUCAUGGGAAUCGUUUAUUUAUUAAUUGCAUUAGCAGUUCAAAUUAUUGACGAAAAAAUUAUAGAAAUUGGUCUGAACAAAGCUUACACCAGUUUCAAUCAAAGUGCAACUAAAUUUCUUGGCGAACAUGGACUCUCUUCUACGGGACCAGCAUCAAGGAUAGUUUUGAAGUUUUCUCUAGCUGUUUGGUGUGGAUUACUUGGCUCGUUGCUAACAUUUCCGGGUCUGAGGAUGGCUCAAAUGCACUCAGAUGCUUUAAUUUACCACAAACAGCGUAAACUUUUAUUAUUAUUAGCAAACAUAAGUUUCGCGUCGCCUUUACUGCUAGUUUGUUUGUGGAUUAAACCUAUAAGUCGAGAUUAUCUUACUGUAAGAGUUUUUACGGGAGCAAGUGGUCCACUGAUGACUCCAGAUGCAUUUGAAAGUUUGAGACUGAUUGCUAUUAUCGUUGUAGUUUUAUUAAAAUUAUUAUUGAUGCCAAUGUAUCUGCAGUCGUAUUUAAAUUUGGCUGAGCAGAGACUAGAGAAAUUAAAAAAAGAAUCCGGUAGAAUAACUAAUGUCGAUUUACAAAAAAAGAUUGCUGCAGUGUUUUAUUAUCUGUGUGUCGUAUCGAUACAAUUUAUAGCACCAUUACUACUGUGUUUAUUUUUCUCAUUUAUGUACAAAACACUAGGUGGUUACUCGUGGAAUGGUUUUGGUAGUGCUUUAGAAGAAUGUUCUGUCGAUGAAUCUCAACCGGUGACAAGCAGUGACAAUAUUGACAAUAUUGAAAAAACUAUUACGCAAACUGCUGAAGAAUUCCACUUAGCUUUAGGAUCUUUAAAACAAAUUUUUACAACAGAAGUCUUCCGUGGUUUGUUUGGAUUGGCAACAUGGUGGACCUGUUUUACGAUAUUUGCAACAAAUGCUCUAGGAAUGUUUUGUCAGUCCUACCUGACAGCCGCGUAAUGAACAAUUAGUUUGACAAUUUAUUAAUUCAAUAAUUACUAAAAAAAAAAAAAAAAAAAAUUGAGAUCUUUUUAUAAAAAACUAAACGCACAAUAAUCGAUCGUUGUAAAUAGUUAAACAGUCGGUGAGUGAAUGUUUUUUUUUUUUCUAAUAAUAAUAAAUUAUUUUUCUUGCAAUUAAUAAUUAAUAAUUUAAUCUAAUAAAUGAUCCUUUUUUUUUGUUACGAUUCAUUUGUCGCGUUACCAAAAAAUUCUUUGACUUUUUUUUCUUCUGGUACGUAGAAUUGUACGACGAUAAUUAAGUAAGUCGUAAUCACUCCGAUAAACUGAAAAAAAUAAAUUUAUUAAAAAAAAAAAAA